AUGGAAGAGGUUUGGGAAAGAUCGCUUUCGCCAGAGCGGAUAGCCUAUUUGGCACAGUCGCGUAUUCCAGAGAUCAUUAUUUGCAAUGUGAUGCUUCUGGUGAUCGCGACCGGUGGGUUGCUAGUGAGGCUUUUUGUGAGGUUUCGAUAUCUUACGGGAAUUAAUCUCGAUGAUUUUCUGUGUGUGACUAGUUGGGUUUUUACUGUUGUUCUGUGCAUUACUUGCAUGUGCAUGACCAAAUAUGGAUUCGGCAAACAUAUUGGAACGGUGUCAGACUUCGGCGACCGAGAAAUGUUCCUCAGGCUCGACUUUGUCACAAUGGUCGCCUACGUCCUCGCCCUCGGUGCUAUUAAAAUCUCUUUCUGCCUCCUAUACCUACACAUCUUCCCAGGAAACAAAUUCCGCAUUGCCUGUUUGUGCAUACUUGCCAUUAUAGUGGGCGAGACUAUCGCGGAGACUCUUGUUGUGGUUUUCCAGUGCUGGCCUGUCCAUAAGGCGUGGGAUGCCACGGGCCUGGUGCAAGGCAAGUGCGUUGAUAUGACGGCCCUUUACUACGCCAAUUUCGGGAUUAAAUUGGCCACUGAUCUGGCUCUUUUUGGCAUGCCCAUGCCGAAACUGGUGAGGUUGAAGAUGACGGUGGGAAAGCGGGUGGGCUUGGUGAUGAUGUUUAGUUUGGGUCUUCUUGUCUGCAUGACGAGCAUCAUCCGAGUUUCAUACAUGAACCCCUUUUCUGAAGACCACACCUGGGUCCUAGUCGACACAAUGAACUGGUCCUGCGUGGAAGUCGGCGUGGCCAUCUUCAUCGCAUGCAUCCCCUCCUUCAAAACACUCAUCACCAACCGAUUCCCAUCCCUGAGGCGUCUACUCGGGUUCUCCAGCAAAGGCGACUCACACGGCCCGUCGAGGAUGUACGGCAGUAUGACGACUCGUCGAACGUACAAUGGUCUAUGCACUGGGGAGCAUGACAAGGGCAAUAACGUGGAGCUGAAAACGGCGACAGGGCAUGUGGUGGAUGUGGAAACAGCAAAUCACGCCCGAGAGGAACGCAUCAUGAAUAUAGGGAUCCAGGUCACCACCGACGUUAGUGUCAAUGGGAGGAGUGUCUGA